GCUUAGCGGGUGGUGAGCCGAAUGUGACAAUCAAACCGAGCAGAAGCCAUUGAUGCUCAUCCGGUUGGCCGCCGAGGGCAAAUAUUUCUUUAUAAAUUCGCUUUUUUUCCGACUGGAGUCAUGGUUUCCCACUCGCUCGCCCUGCCUAUGAUCUGCUUCACCACGCUGUGGGCGCUGGUGGGGGUCGUGGCUCCCUUUUUGGUUCCCAAAGGACCUAAUCGAGGGGUAAUUGUCACCAGUUUGAUUCUCACCGCCGUCUGCUGUUACCUCUUCUGGUUAAUAGCCAUCCUGGCGCAGACCAACCCUCUGUUUGGCCCUCAGCUGAAGAAUGAAACUAUUUGGUACCUGACUUACUUCUGGGAGUAGAUCAGACAGCUCUUGUCAUCACCACCUUGGAUCUAACCUGGAACGUGUACACAUGCAUACACGCAUGCACACACACUACUAUGUGUAAAAUGAAGACUACUGUACAGUUAAUGAUUAUUUAAAUGAGUGUAAUGUUAUGAACGUUUAAAUGUGCAAUGUGUUAGGAUUGAUGUUUACAUUCUUCAAAUGUGUUUUUUUGUUGUUGUUGUCAUCUUUGGAUGGAAUGAAUUCGGUGUUAAUGUAACGGUUACCCCAUACCCAACAUGAAAGGAGACCUACUCAUCGUUAUUGCCAUGAUGAUCUGCUUGCCCUAAACACACCAGGAUGCAUGUAAGAUGGAUUUUAAUCUUUUCACACUACACACACCAAAACGAACAAUCUGAAAGUUACUGGUUUGUAAAACAUUAUUAAUUCAUCGUACACUAAAACUUUGAAAGUUUGACGCUAAAUGGAUGAAUUCAGUUUUCCCCCCAAAUUAUAGAAGCAAAACUGUUUUUAAAUGGGAUGCCAGAAUAAAAAAAACAAAACAUCAGGCCUUUUUUGAGUUAAAUUUUGAUGAUUUACCGGAGUAUAAUUCAUCAAACGAUAAUUAUUUUUGGAUUAUUUUUACAAGUAUUUUCCCAAAGCAUUUCGAUUGAAAUCUGUCACUCUUCAAAAAACUCUAUUUACUCUACAGACUACUUUUUGAGUUUCGUGUUAUUUAAUUUUGCCCGUAAAAAUAAGAGUAGAAGUUUAUUUUUCAUUCGUCAUUAGUUUUCAUAGAGGUGUGAUGGAAAAUAUUAAAUGUUCAGUAAAAGGUAAAUACGGAAACUCAGGCUUUGCCCUAGAGAAUGAUAAAAAGAGAAAUCUGUUACCUGUUUUAAAAACAUUUUUUCACCUCAACUGACUCAUUUAAGUUGAGUUUUUAAGGUUUCUUUUUUGGUUGUUUUUGUUUUUUUUCCCCCCAGCGCAGAUAGAAUGAAAAAUAAGACAUUAGGAAUAUUGUGACUACUGUGAUUGUAGCUUUUUAUUUUGUUUUUCAAAAAUAUGUAUUCAUUUUCUUAUAAUGAAGUAAGUUUUCAUUGAUUUGUAGGAGAAUCAGACUUCUUUUUCUUCUAAUUAAACAUUUUAACCAGGAAAAUAAUGGAAACAUAGCUGAGUAUUCUCACUAUGAUCCAUAAAUGGUGGGAAGAAUUAAAAGUUAACAUUUUCCUAUAAGAAAUUAUGCAAAAGUAUCUGUUCCCAACAUCAGGCUUUUGUUCAACUCUACAAGUGAAGUACAGUACAGUAUACUCUAUAAAUCAGCAUAGCUUAGUUUUGAUAAGCUUGAGUCUUAAAUGCCACUUCCUCUGUAUUUUUUUCUCUUAACCUAUUCAAAGCCAGCCAUUUUAAAAAAAGACUACGUCCGUCCUGUUCACGUAACAACCAUGAGGUCUACAAUCCCUACGUCCAAGUUGUAUGUAUGUUUCUGGCCCUGAAUGAGUUAGGAGCCCUUUUGUCGCUCAAAAAAGCCAAAGAGAAAGCAAACCGAGCGCACCACAUCUCCUAAAUCCUCAGGGGAAUUGGACUUUGGAGGUUCCGGGUUCUAAAUUGCUUUUAGCAUUAAGCCUAAACUGCUAGCCACUACCACAAUAACCCCGCCCCAGUCCCAUGAACUCCCAGUCUCCUUUCUUGUUCUCCUUUUUAUUUUCCUUAAAACAACAACGCUUCAGCCAAAAAUAAAACAGAAGAAUCCAAAUCAAAAUAUAAAUACAGCUACUUUUUACAAAGACCAAAUUACUUUGUACCUUAUCUGUCCUGUUGUGGUACUGGCCUGCAUCCUCGGGACCCCAAGUCUCAGAAAGCCCCAAAAGAUACCCAGAUAACAGCCUGAAUAUAUUUUAACAUGUAUAUUGUGAAUCCAUGCCUGAAAAUACUCAGGAAGUUGGCCAUUUUUGACUAAUUUUCUCCAAUUAUACUGAGUUGCUUCAAAAUGGCAAACUCAAAUUUUGUCCUAUCUCUUCUACAUGUCAGCCUAUCCAUUUGAUAGAUGGCCAAAAAGUUACAUUUUUACCAAAACACAAACUUCCAAAUAGUGAAACUUAUAAGGUUAAAUAACCCAGCAACAUGAAAUUUGGUUGACAUGACUGUCAUUACUAUGCACACAAAAUGCAUAAACAUACCUAAAAAGUUAAAUUUGUUGUUUUAGCCUCAUUUUAGCAAAUGCUAAUACAUUCUGCUCUCAAACGUAAGAUCAAAUUUGGUUAUAAUAUAUAUGAAAAAGACAGGAACUUGUUACUUAGGCUUCAUUCAAAAGCAGAAAUUCUUGACAAAUUCUGAGAGACAGCGAGAACCAAAUGGAUUUUGCCAUGUGGCAUUUUUUUGCCAUGUGGUUGCCAUGUGGCAUUUUUUUUUUUGCCAUGUGGCAAAAUGUAUUUUGACAUGUGGCAUUUUUUUUGCCACGUGCAAAAUGUAUUUUGACGUGGCAUUUUUUUGCCAUGUGGCAAAAUGUAUUUUAGAUUGUGCCAUUUUUUUGGGUGUGUAGCAUUUUUGCAGGCCAUGCACGUCUAUGCCAUUGAGGGCUAUGCAUGUGCCAUUUUUUUUGGGUGUGUAGCAUUUUUGCAGGCCAUGCACGUCUAUGCCAUUGAGGGCUAUGCACGUCCAAAUUUUCCAUUCAUUUUAAAUGGCAGAAAAACAUGUGUGGCUGUGAUUUUUGACCAAUGACUUACCAUUACCGCGCACUGACAUUCAACUGGCACCCAAGUCAGGCUAUGCCAAUGGCGGCUAUGCAUGUCCACAAAUUUUCCAUUCAUAUUAAAUGGCAGAAAAACAAACAAACAAACAAACCAAAAUCCAUUUUGCCACAUGGCAAAAAAAAUGCCACAUGGCAAAAUCAAUUUUGCCACAUAGCAAAAAAAUGCCACGAGGUUAAGAAAAAAUGCCACAUGGCGAAAUCCAUUUUGCCACAUGGCAAAUACCACUUUGGUUGUCAGCCCUGCUGGACAUUCUUGACACUUGAUGUUUUCUUCUCUGUUUUGGGGGACAUGGCGUCAAAUUUCAAAGUACUAGCGUGCUGAAAAGUUUUUGUUCUCUGGGAACUAAGAAUGGAAAUGAUCUAGAACUCCACAUGACAGCCACUAAACACUUUCAGUAAUAUCCCUACUUCCUGCUUUUAGUAUCUGCUUGUAAUCUUUUGUGUUUGUGUGUGUGCGGCGUGUGAGGAGUCACCGUGGCAACAACGAUGUCCAUCACAGCUCUAAUUGUGACCUUGUAUUAUUAGUGAUUUUAUGUGCGUGAAGAAGAAUAAAACAAUGAUUUAA